GUUAAUUCUGUUAAUUGACUUGUCCAACACUUCUUUAUCCUCAUAAUAGAUCGAUCACUUUGUGAGAUUUUUCAAAUAAUAAACUAGGGCUAUUUUUUGAAAAGCCAUUGCGUUAUUUACACUAACUUCAAACUGUUUCGUAAACCCUGUUAAUGAAGUAGUUAAUGAUUAUUUGCUUUAACUCUUCUUCAAUUUGUAACCUGAAUCCAGUCUUUUCGAAUGGGUUUGCUACAAUUUACUUGAAGCGUAUCUCUAUUAUAGAGUGGCCCUAGGUUGAAGCGUGGAAUCAUUACUUUUAAUUCAUGAUCAACAGAAUUUUGUGGUGAAUUUUAGUGUUGCGUGCUAAAAUGAGUGGGAACGAAUAUAGAUUCUUCUUGUCUUGUGACAUUAAUUCACCAGUCGCAUAUCGAGUGGAUAGACUAGAAGGCAAUCCACCUAAGAUAUCAUCUUCUGCAGAUGGGGAAAUUGGUUUAGAGAUUCCCACUCCCGAACUAUAUGUUGAAUGUGCCUUAUACAUUGAUGGUGCUCUGUUUGAGCUCCCUUCAAGAACAAGGCUGGAAUCUCAAGGAAAACCAAUUUACUGGAACGAAUACAGUACAUUAACUGCAAAGUACAGGGAUUUGACUGCUCAUGCACAGCUUGCUUUUACUGUUUGGGAUGUAUCUUCUUCUAAGCAGGAUGUGGUGGUUGGGGGUGCAACCCUGCGCCUUUUCAACAGCAAGAAACAACUUAAAACAGGACAACAGAAACUCAGGCUCUGCCUUGGGAGAGAAGCAGAUGGUUCAGUGGAUAGUACUACGCCAGGAAAGGUACCUAAGCAAGAAUGCGGAGAGAUUGAACGCUUGGAGAAGCUAGAAAAUAAAUAUGAGCGAGGCCAGAUUCAACGCAUUGAUUGGCUUGAUGAACUCACAUUCAAGGCUAUUAGGGAAAUUAAAGAGAGAGAAAGACAACGCAUUGGAAUGUCACAUCUACAUCUCAUUGUCUAUCUUUGGCCUUUUGAGCAUCCAGUUUGUUUCCAGGAACUAGGAGCAAAUUAUAACUUGCCAUCUCCAAUUUCUUCAUCAAACGAGCUAGUUCAUGUAUGGGAUCCUGAAGUGGGACGGACAAACCCUUGUGAAAAUAAGCAAUUGAAGCUGGCUAGGAGUUUAACAAGGGGUGUAAUCGACCGUGAAUUGAAACCUAGUUCUGAUGAAAGGAAGAAAAUUUCGAAUAUAUUGAAGUACCCUCCUACACAUACGCUAAGUGGAGAUGAAAGACAACUUCUUUGGAAAUUUCGGUAUUAUUUGGUGUCUGAUAAAAGGGCUUUGAUGAAAUUUCUUCGCUGUGUUGAAUGGAGUGAUGCCCAGGAAGCAAAGCAAGCAUUGGAUUUGAUGCGACAGUGGGCACCAAUUGAUACCGCAGAUGCAUUAGAGCUCUUGUCUCCUGUAUUUGACAAUGAAGAAGUACGUGCUUAUGCAGUAGAUGUUCUUGAACGAGCAGAAGAUGAAGAGCUGCAAUGCUACUUACUUCAGCUUGUGCAGGCUCUUCGAUUUGAGCGCUCUGAUAAAUCAUAUCUUGCCCAUUUUCUUGUUCGUCGAUCUGUGCAUAAUAUUGAUCUUGCGAGUUUUCUGCAUUGGUAUGUUAUGGUGGAGCUACAAGACCCUAUAUAUGCAAAACGGUUCUUCUCCACCUUUGAAAUUCUUGAAGAUCGUAUUUCAAAGUAUAGGCCUGAGGGGAGGGAGUAUGAUUAUGGUGUUAAGCUAUGGGAGAGUUUAGUUUGUCAGACAAAAUUAACUGCUCAGUUGUGCAGAAUCACAAAAGAUGUUAAAAAUGUCCGUGGUAGUACUCAGAAGAAAAUUGAGAAGUUGCGCCAGUUACUUGGAGGUCUGCUAAGUGAGCUUACCUACUUUGACAAGCCAAUAAGGUUACCUUUGGAGCCUAAAGUAUUACUCACUGGGAUAAUACCAUCAGAAUCAUCUCUUUUCAAGAGUGCUCUACAUCCUUUACGCUUGACUUUCCAAACUGCAGAUGGUGGAAAGUGGAAAGUCAUGUUCAAAAAGGGUGAUGACCUCAGACAAGAUCAACUGGUCAUUCAAAUGGUCUCACUAAUGGAUCGGCUCUUAAAGCUGGAAAAUCUUGAUCUACAUUUAACUCCAUACAGAGUAUUGGCAACGGGUCAAGACGAAGGAAUGCUAGAAUUUGUACCAUCUAGUUCUUUAGCUCAUAUCCUCUUAGAAUAUCGGAGUAUCAUAAAUUAUUUGCAGCAAUACCACACUGAUGAAAAUGGACCGUUCGGCAUUACAGCAACCUGCCUUGAAACAUUCAUAAAGAGCUGUGCUGGUUAUUGUGUUAUCACAUAUAUCCUUGGUGUUGGUGACAGGCAUCUUGAUAACCUUCUUCUAACAGAUGAUGGGCGCCUUUUUCAUGUUGACUUUGGAUACAUUCUUGGAAAGGAUCCAAAGCACUUUCCACCACCCAUGAAGCUCUGCAAGGAAAUGGUAGAAGCAAUGGGUGGAGCAGAAAGCCAAUACUAUGGGAAGUUCAAAUCAUAUUGCUGCGAGGCAUACAAUAUUCUCAGGAAAUCUAGUAAUCUUAUCCUGAAUCUUUUCCACUUAAUGGCUGGAGCCGGAAUUCCUGAUAUUGCUUCUGAUCCAGAGAGGGGUAUUCUCAAGCUCCAAGAAAAGUUCCGUUUGGACCUGGAUGAUGAGGCCUCGAUCCAAUUCUUCCAGUCCCUUAUUAACGAUAGCGUCAGUGCUUUGUUUCCACAAAUGGUGGAGACGAUACAUCGAUGGGCUCAGUAUUGGCGAUAAAGAUAGAAAUUAUGUUGCGAUUAUAUAAACAUUUCUCUAACAGAUUUGGCCUUCAUUUAAUAUAAAUUAUUCUGCUACGAUCAGAAGCGGAAAAGGAAAUCAGUACGUAAUUCCAGUGUCAUCAUAUAAAUUGGAGCCUUUUUUUUCUUCAUUCUGUAAUCCGGUACCGUCUAGUCAUAAUAAGGUAUGUUUUCUGAGUUUUUAAAAUUCGAUGUCUUUGUAGGCUUAUAAGAAGGUGGAAUAUCAAGUUACAAACUUGUUAACACCUGAAGUCAAGUCAACUCUUUUAAUGAAAUGAAUUCUAUAAUUAUCAAUUCCCUUAUUAAACAAUGCCAAGCCUGCACAUCUGGUGGCAUACAUCCUCAUACAAUAUUGACACUCUGAAUCAGAGUCCUUCGUUUCUUGGCAA